AUUCCCAAGUUGGAGUGAUGUCAUCUUCCAAUAUUACAGCAUUUCCCAGUUUUCUUAAACAUAACUUCAUCUAUUUAUAAAUAAAUUGCCAUAGCUUAAUUUCUGUAUUCAUUGACAAUUAUCAGAAAGUGGUGUGUUUGUAAAAAAUGGCUGCAGCUGCUGCAACUUCCAGCUAUGACCGAUUGAAGGAACUGAAAGAAUUCGACGAAUCCAAAAUCGGAGUUAAAGGUCUUUCAGAUUCUGGCAACAAAACCAUCCCUGAUUUCUUCAAACAUCCGCCACAAACUCUCUCCGAUGUUAAAUCCAAAUCUUCCGAAGCAAGAACUAAGAAUAUCCCAGUUAUCGACCUGUCCAAGGUAAACACCCCUGAUCACCACCAGGAAGUCGUUAACCAAAUCAAAGAAGCCGCCAAGUCAUGGGGUUUCUUUCAAGUGAUCAAUCAUGGAGUACCCAUAUCAGUACUCGAAAAGACUAUCGAAGCUAUCAGAGCCUUUCACGAGCAGCCACAGGAAACCAAAUCAAAGUACUACAAACGAGAAGAAUCGCAUGGAGUAAUGUACACUAGUAAUAAUGAUUUGUACAGGGCUGAGGCUGCCUGCUGGCUUGACUCCUUGAAAGCUUGGAUGGGACCAAAGCCAUUGGACCCGGAAGAGUUGCCGGCCAUUUGUAGAAAAGAGGUGGUUGCAUGGGAUUUGAGCGCUACGAAGGUGGCUGAGACGGUGAUGGGGUUGUUGAGUGAAGGGUUGGGGUUGGCAGCUGGCAAGUUCCAGGAGCUGACGUUUAGUGAGACAAGGGUUUUGGUGGGGCAUAUCUAUCCGUAUUGUCCACAGCCGGAUUUGACUUUGGGGAUAACAUUGCAUACGGAUCCAGGACUGCUGACGGUGCUGUUGCAGAAUCAGAUUCAAGGGUUGCAGGUUCGGCAUGAUGAUGAGUGGGUGGAUGUGAAGCCUGUGCAUGGUGGUCUCAUUAUCAAUGUUGGUGACUUUCUUCAGAUAGUGUCGAAUGGGGAGUACCAAAGUGUGCAACAUCGAGUGGUGGCCAACUCAUGUAAGGAACCAAGGAUUUCAGUUGUUGAAUUUUUCAAUCUCUCCAAAUGGAAGGGAGAUGGUUACUAUGGACCUCUACCGGAGGUGUUAUCGGAACAGAAACCGGCAAUGUAUCGUGAUUUCACCGCUCAAGAAUUCUUCGAAAACUUCUACUCCAAGGGCCUGGAUAGCAAGUCUCUCAUACAAAAAAUCACAAUUAAUUAUGACUAGAAUUACCAUUACUAGUUGAUGCAGCCAUGGGGAUUCUCUAUCAUUAUCUAAGUAGACUGAUACAAGAUAAUAAGUUUGGUGUUAUAAGGCUUAGAGCCUGCAUUGUGCAAGUGAGUAUCUGUUCUUUAUGUUCUUAAAAAA